UACCGGUGCACUGCAGAAGAAAGUCAAGAUGCCUUUUCGGCUGGGUCACGUUCUUAUUGUGCUACUUGCUGCAGUACUCGCAGCAGACGCUCAGGCAGUGAAAACGCACCCCGGCACUAUGCAGUUAGCAGAUGCGCCUUGCAGUUUUCUCUGCAGAUAUCGUAGUCGGCUUGAUGCGGGAUAAUCGUACAAGUGUCUCGGAGGAGGUUCAUGACCAUAUGCGUUGAAGUAUCAGUCCCGAUGAUAUCGGAGGAGCCCAACUCUACCUUGAAGUGGAGGCAAUUGAGAACACUGGCCAAGCCACACCAGAUGAAACUGAUCCCAUAUUUGGAUCCUAUUUGAUGAAUCCUGGUGCUGACUACCCACCACCAUUCAGAGGAACAGGCCAAAUCAGGAACAUGCCUCUCACCCAGUCUCGGAGAUCUGUUUGUUAUGAGCAAGAGACCUACCAAGACGAGGAAGAGGAACCUGAUGAGACUUUCAGCCUUCGAGUUGUUGUUGACGACACCGUUGACCCAUCUUUGAUGGUGUCUAACCUAGUUGUAGAUGCAAGUCGUGGAACUACUCAAGUCAGAAUCUUAGGGGAUAUAGUUGGGGUGGUUGAGUGUCCCACUCUCAAUGAUCCUGAUAAUGGCAAUCUCAACCUCAGUGGAAACUCUCUUGGAGAUACAGCAGAGUACACAUGUAACACUGGCUACAAUCUGAUGGGAGAGUCAAUAUCAACAUGUGGUGCCGACAGCCAGUGGAGUGGGAACCCUCCUGUAUGCGAGCUUGUCCAGUGUCCUGAUCUCAGUAGUCCCAUGAGUGGC